CUACUUAUCCUCUCCGACCCUCUUUUCGCCUGCUCACCCACUUUCCUGCGCCUCAUCCUCACGGCCUCCCGAGCUUUUGGUGAAGAUUUCCUAUCUGGCGAGGGACAGCUGUCAAUAUUCCUCACAAGCUGGCCAUUAACCUCCCAAAGGUACUCCACAGUGUCCUCAGCCUCCACCAGCUGCUCUCUCACAGUCUCCAAAUCCGCAUUCUUCGACUUCCGCCACUUUUUUCCCGUUUCUUCCAAUUUUGCCCUCAGAAUAUCCACAGUUGUCCGGAGAUUCUCUAGCCGGACCUCGUCCGACGACAGCCUCUCCAGAAUCCUCUUCUCGUUGUCCGUGCUCUUUCUUGGGAAUUCCAGCCUGUCAAACUCUCUGUUAUUACUAUUAUAUUUUGGGCUGUCGAGAUUGUCCAAAAUUAUAUCCUUUUCUGUCAUGAGAGAAUCACAGAUUGUGAGCUCAAGCAUUUUAUCAUCUGCUCGGCUGCUGGAGGUCCAGUCGAGGGGAAUGUCUUUGAUAGUGGGUUUUGUUGUCUUGGCCUUGUGGGCCUUGUGCAUAUUGGGCCGGUUUCGGGCCAGGCAGCGGACGGGCCUGGAAGGGGGAGUCACGGUCUCAUCUGUGGAGGAUUGUUUUUCCCGGCUUUUACGUGAGCUCAACCUUCUACGAAGCAUGGGCUUGUUUGUUUGCUCGAUUAGCUUCGAGAUUGUUUUGAUUUUAGUUUUGAAGGAUGGCGAGAGAAUCGUCCUCUGGAGGUGUUUCGGAGGUGCUUUUAUUACAGGGGCAUGCAUUGUUCUCGAGCAAUGUGACAUCAUUUCUCAGAGCAGCAACAGCUGGAGCAUAUGCAUGCAGCUGAGAUUUCAACUCGGUAAUCUCGAUACGGUGCACAAGAGCUUGUUCAUUGUCAAUCUCGCGCUCGCAAGUUGGGGUGGUCUCAAGGACUCUAAAAAUCUCAUUCAACCUGCUGCUCAAGACUCUCACUUUCGAGCUCUGAGAUUACUUUCUCGGCCAAUUUCGAUGCCUCAACGUCCUGGCCAAUUUGGUCUCACUUUGUAUCUUGGAGCUCGUCCAUUCUUGCUUUUCGAAGUUCAUGGAAGCCUUCAGUUCCUCAACCUGACAGUGGAAGGCCUUUCUCAGCAACAAGCGCGGCCUUUUCUCCCUCUAAUAACUGACAAGAUUCUUGCAAUGCUUUUGUCACCUGCUGUGAGCUUUCCAGUUCAGUUUUCAUAUCCA